AUGGUUUGGUACGACGUUCCCGGAUCAGGCACUCCAAAGGUGUCUGACUGGCAAUACUUCAAUGACAUGGGCCUCUACAUCUUCGACUGCAUCAUCGUGCUCACAGACAAUCGUGUCUUGGAUUCCGACCUCGCCAUCCUCCGCGCCUGUAAGCAGUUCAGGAACAUCGAGGCGUUCAUUGUUCGCUCCAAGUCAGACCAGCACAUCAACAACAUGGUGUGCGAGAAGAUGCCGCAAGGUUUCGACCCUUAUGAUCCAGACAUGAACGCCGAAACGCGUUCUCUUUUCCUGCUAAAGAAAU